AUGGCCACAGGUGUAUAGAAUCAAGCACCUAGGCAUGCAGACUGCUUCUACAAACAUUUGUGAAAUAAUGGGUCACUCCCAGGAGCUCAGUGAAUUCAAGCAUGGUAUCGUGAUAGGUUGCCACCUGUGCAUAAGUCCAUCCAUAAAAUUUCCUUGCUACUAUAUAUUCCACUGUCAACUGUUAGUGGUAUUAUAACAAAGUGGAAGCAACUGGGAAUAACAGCAACUCAGCCACGAAGUAGUAGGCCACGUAAAAUGACAGAGCGGGUUCAGGGCAUGCUGAAGCACACAGUGUGCAUAAGUCACCAAUUGUCUGCAGAGUCAAUAGCUAAAUACCUCAAGACUUCAUUUGGCCUUUUGAUUAACUCAACAACAGUGCAUAGAGAGCUUCAUGGAAUGAGUUUCCAUGGCCGAGCAGCUGCAUCCAAGCCUUACAUCACCAAGUGCAAUGCAAAGUGUCGGAUGCAGUGGUGUAAAGCAUGCUGCCACUGGACUCUAGAGCAG